AUGCCAUCCUCCGCACCUGUCCUCAGGCCUAAGAAGGCGCAGCCCGUCACUGCACCUAAGGACAAGCAACCGAUCAACUACGACAUCAACAUUCCUUACGUGGAUGUUACCAAGGAAAACCACCUGCGAACAAGAUACCCUGCAUAUCUUCCGACAUGGGACAAGCUCUGGUUCGAUCCGCUCCCUCCAUUCGAAUAUAACGACCCCGCGCUGCGCGUAAAGGACAAGUCAAAGCCCAAUCUUUUGACCCCCAAUGCGAAAGUCACGCAGAUUCAGCCUCAGAUGGGCAGCGUGAUUGAGGGCGUGCAAUUGAGCCAACUGUCUGCGGCCGCUAAGGACGAGCUUGCGCUCCUUGUUUCCGAGCGCAAGGUCGUUGCUUUCCCCAACCAAGACCUGAUUGAUGCUGGCCCCGCAGCGCAGGCAGAAUUCAUGGGUUACUUUGGCAAGCCCAACUAUCAGCCCGUCUCCGGAACAGUUCGUGGAUUUCCUGGCUUCCAUAUCAUCCACCGCGAUGGAAACAAGGAGGAAAUCUCCCGUUUUCUGGAGCAGCGUACAACCACCACGCUCUGGCAUCAGGAUGUAAGCUACGAGAUUCAGCCGCCAGGCUAUGUCAUGUUGGGUCUACUAGAGGGGCCGGAUGUUGGAGGCGAUACUGUUUUUGCUGCGACCGACAUGGCCUAUAAGCGCUUAUCCCCCACUAUCUGUUCGUGGCUCGAUACUCUGAGUGCAGUCCACUCAUCUCACAAAAUGAUCAGCCAUGCGCGUCUUACUGGUGGCUUGGUGCGCAAAGACGCCGUCGAAACUGUCCACCCAUUGGUGCGCAUUCAUCCUGUGACUGGAGAGAAAUGCCUGUACCUCAAUGGAGAAUUCAUCACCAAGAUCCAGGGUCUCAAGGAGCCGGAGCAGCGCUGGUUACUCGACUUUCUCAUGCAGCACAUUGUCAGUGGGCAUGAUUUCCAGGCGAGAGUCCGAUGGCAGCCCAAAACCAUCGUCAUUUUCGACAAUCGCAGCACAAUUCAUUCGGCGAUUGUCGACUAUCUCGAUGACGAUUACGGUGCCAAACUCCGCCAUAUCUUCCGUCUGUGUGCUCUGGGCGAAAAGCCAAUCCCCGUUUACGACGACUUUGAAUGA